AUGGACGGAGACUGGGACGAGGUCGCUCGCAUCCCCUUUCCGCCUCCGGGCGUCCACGCCAUGGCGACGCCCGUGACGACCAUGACGUUUGACACGGCUCAGGACCUGCUGUGGACCGGGAACGACUACGGUCGCGUCACUUCCUUCUACGGCAGCGAGCUGCAGCGAUACACCUCCUUCAAAGCACACACGACACCUGACGGCCCUGUGAGGCAAAUCCUCGUCAACGACAAAGGCGUUGUGGUGCUGGGAUCGAGGGAUAUACACAUGGCCUCCCGAAAAGGCCCACCAAUAUGGCAUAUUAGACACGAUGAUAUGAAAGACUUACGAUGCAUGAGCUUUACGUCCAAGGGGACGUCCGAAAUUCUAGUGGCCGGAUUCCAGGACACCAUGUUCGUCGUCGACCUUGCCAAGGGCGAGGUGGUCAAACAGGUUCCGACCGCGCGCUCAUAUAAACUCAUGAAACGAAGCAGAUACAUCUGUGCUGCCACCAAAGACGGCACUGUUGACCUGAUUGACCCUGUCAACUUCUCGGUUGUCAAGAGUUGGAGCGCUCAUUCGGCCCUCAUCAGCGACAUGGACGCCCAGCAUGACUUCAUCGUCACCUGCGGUUAUUCGCUGCGCCAGGGCCAGAACUACAUGUUGGAUCCUUUCUUAAAUGUCUUCGACAUCAAAAAGAUGUCGUCAAUGUCGCCGAUUCCGUUUCCCGCUGGUGCCGCCUUUGUCAGGAUGCAUCCGAGAAUGUCAACAACGAGUAUCGUCAUGUCUCAGGGUGGGCAAAUGCAUGUUGUUGACCUGAUGAAUCCAAACACUAGUAAUGUACGGCAAGCCAACACUAUGACAUACCUUACCAUGUUCGAGAUUGCGCCUUCCGGGGAGGCUGUUGCUUUGGCGGACGCAGAAUACAACAUCCACAUCUGGGGUUCUCCUUCGAAACUCCGCUUUGUGGACUUCGCGUCACAGACGGAGUUCGCAACCCCCGAAGAACCACUGCCCCCCAUAGAGUGGACUGCUGAUACACCCCUCAACUCCGUCGGCAUGCCGUACUACCGGGAGGUCUUACUGUCCGCCUGGCCAGAUCUCAUCUCUGACAUUGGAGCUCCCCCUACCAAGUUGGAACCCCAAUUCGUUGCGGGUCUCAAGCAGUCGGAGCUGGGCUUGUAUGGACGCAACACCCGGGGCCUUCGCAGAAACCAAGUCGAAGACACCCGGAAUCUGGACAAAGGGAACGCCUCGGGGAUUUUGGCGCCGAAAUUCCUCAGCGAAAAGGCGAGAGAGUUUGCCAAAACCCCGGUUGGCAAUGCGAGUGGCGAUGACAAGGUUGAUGGUGUUGCCAAUUCUCUUGCGCAACUGGACAUCGAUCCCACGAAAGCAGAAUGCCCUCCGAUGUACCGCAACGUCGAGAUCAAGUACAGCAAGUUCGGCGUUGAUGACUUCGACUUUGGGUUCUACAACAGAACGCAUUACUCCGGGCUCGAGAUCCAUAUUGCAAACUCCUAUGCAAACUCCCUGCUCCAGGUCAUGCACUUCACGCCGCUAAUUCGAAACAUGGCCCUCCAGCACGCAGCCACCGCAUGCGUCGCUGAUACCUGCUUGUUGUGCGAGUUGGGUUUCUUGUUCGACAUGCUCCAGAAAGCUGACGGGUCCAUUUGCCAAGCGACCAACAUGCUGAAGACUCUUAGCCACCAUCCCCAAGCUGGCCCACUUGGUCUUCUUGAGGAAGACCCCAAUGGGUCUACUUUGACGGUGAUGUUACAGGGUCUGACGCGGUUCCUCUUGGACAAGAUAGUCCAGGACUAUCGAUCCAUCCCGCCCGGCUCGAAUUUUAUGGAGCAGAUGCUUGCGACGUCAGCGACAAGUUCAAUUCGAUGCAUGAACUGCAGAAGCGAAUAUACUCGGCCUGGGUCGACCUAUGUGAACGACUUGAUGUACCCGCAAACAACAGGGAAUACGGGCCGCAACCAGAAAGCACCAAAGGUGACGUUUUCGCAGAUCCUUAAAUCAAGUGUCGAGAGGGAGACAACAUCCAAAGGCUGGUGCAGUCGAUGCCAGCGUUAUCAGACCAUUGCAACUCGGAAGACCAUCCAUAAUAUUCCCGCAGUGUUCAUGCUGAAUACCGCCGUCGGAAACGCAGAGCAAAGGCGUUACUGGUCCACGCCGGGCUUCCUUCCCGAGGAGAUUGGCGUCAUAGUAGACCACGGCCAGUUCUUUUGUUACGAGGGGGAAGAUCUGAAGCUUCACCUCCAACGUGGAAUCCACAACAUUACUGUGUAUUCGCUCAUCGGAAUGGCCAUGAACAUCGACCCCGGUCCGGGCCAGAAGCCCCAUUUGGUUGCCAUGGUCAAUGUUGCCCAUGCCCAGCCCACAGCACCGGAGGCAAGCCAAUGGCAUCUCUUCAACGACUUUCUUGUUCGGUCUGUGAGUGCUGAAGAAGCACUCUCGUUUCACCCUAGUUGGAAAAUGCCGUCGGUCAUAGCAUUCCAAGUGAAGGAGGCGAACAACAAAAUCGACAUGGACUGGCAAAAGAAUAUCGACACCUCGCUGCUAUACGAGGACAAAAAGUUUGAAACCCUUGAGAGUUUCCCCGUCACAGAUGGCUCGCUGACCACAGCUAGCCCCCACAUCGAUGGCAAAACUUAUCGCGCGCUCGACUCGGCCAGUGAACAGCCCGGGCCUGACAGCAUUGUGGCCCUGGACACUGAGUUUGUUGCUGUUCGCCAGCCCGAAAUCGAGAUGAACUCGGAUGGCGAAAGAGAAACGAUCAGGCCAAUAGUGUACGCUCUUGCGAGAGCUUCCGUCGUCCGUGGCCAAGGGGAGGACGAGGGUCUUCCCUUCAUUGAUGAUUACAUCUCCAUCAGGGAGCCCAUUGUCGACUACCUGACGUCGUACUCUGGUAUUACCCACGAGGAUCUUGAUCCCCGCGUAUCGAAGCACAACCUUGUACCCCUGAAGGUUGCGUACAAGAAACUCUGGAUUCUGUUGAACCUUGGCUGCAAAUUCCUCGGCCACGGCCUCAAACAGGAUUUUCGAGUGAUCAAUAUACAUAUCCCACGGUCUCAGGUCAUCGAUACCAUUGACCUGUUCUUCUUGAAGUCUCGUCUUCGGAAGCUCUCGCUGGCGUUUCUGGCGUGGUAUCUGUUGAAAGAAGACAUCCAGCUGGAGACCCACGACUCGAUCGAAGAUGCCCGAACGGCGCUGAAGUUAUACCGGAAGUACUUGGAGUUCGAAGACGCGGGUGUGUUGGAACCAAUGUUGCAAGACAUCUACCGUGCUGGACGAGACGUCAACUUCCGACCACCUGCUAGAAGCGGACAGGCUGCGGACGUCCAGAGGACAGACACACCGCCUCCCCUGCCUACCCACGGAACAGCCGUUACUCCGUCCACACCGGGUGCUGUUAGUAUUGGACCAUCGUCGAGUGGCGGGUUCGGCGCGGGCUCGACUUGGACGCCCGGAAAGGGGUCGCCGCUUCGAUGA